GCUGGAGCCACCGGCGGCGGAGGCUCUGCGAGGGAGGUAGUGCGCGCGUUGUGCGGCCCACCAUGCUGACCGCAAUCGUACAGCCAGCCCUGCCUGGGCUCCCAAGGCGGCUGCCCGCAGCCCCCUCACAGCGCCAGGACUCCUCGGGUUCGUCGGGUUCCUACCACACAGCUCCGGGUUCUCCCGAGCCCACGGACGCAAGGCCAGACGCAGGUUGGGAAGAUUGGCCCUGGGUGGCCCCCGGCCCGGGGGCGGGAGCACAGCCUCGCCUGUCCGUCAGCGCCCAGAAUAGCCGCCAGCAACCCUGGUCCGGCUCGGGUUUCCGGCGAGGCCGGGGCUCCGGCCCGCUGCCGCCCCAGCCCCAGCUGCGCGUGCUGCCGUCGGGGGAAAUGGAAGUGGUCUUCGGCACCGGGCUCCGGUUCAGCCACACGGACCCGGAGGAUCGUGAGGUGCAACAGCUCACGGAGCAGCCAUUCAGCCCCUCGCCGCUGGGGACAGUGUCUGACGCCCCCAGCCCACCGCUGCCGCCCGCUCCCGACGGCGGAUCCCGCUGGGCCACCUACCUGGAGCUGCGUCCCAGUGGACUGGGUCCUGCCGCUCCCUCUCAGUUUGAGUGCGUGGAGGUGGCGCUGAAGGAGAGCCCUGCGCCGGUCAGGCCCCGGACGGUGCCCAAGCGUCAGAUCGAGCUGCGCCCCCGCCUCCCCACUAAACCUGCCAGGACUACAGGCUUCUCAUGGGUUCCUUCAAUAAAAGGCAGCACCGGCUCCCUGGACGAAUCGCUGAGCCGCCUGCAGGUCGCAGCGGGCCUCGUGCAGACGGCGCUAGCCAGAAAACUGAGUCCUGCGACCCCAGCCCCGAGUAGUGCCACCGUUAGACCAACGGAGCGGCCAGAGCCUAAGACUGGAGAAACAGCGCACAGCGCCCGCGUGGUCCUGGAAGAGGCUCGGUCUUGGCCACCCCGCUCACAAGAGAGUUCAAGCCCCGCCAGAGCCCCACGGCCUUGGCCCAGCCUCCGUGAGCGCGCUAUCCGGCGCGACAAGCCAGCUCCUGGGACAGAGCCACUGGGUCCUGUUAGUUCUAGCAUCUUUUUGCAGUCAGAGGAAAAGACCCAGGAGGCACGCAACCAGAGACCCAAGACUCGAUUUCCGAAAGAGACUCCGGGUCGAAUCACCCCAAGAGAACGGAAUCCGUCUUUGGAGUCCAGCGUCCCCUGGGAGGCUCCGAGGAGGGCGGAGAAGCCUAAGAGCCCCUCUCGGUUGGGCCAGGCUCCAAAUGGGGCCGUGCGGGAUUCUCGCUGCCCGUCCCCUCAGAACCUGUCCCCGUGGGAUCGGACUGUCUUGAGGGUGAGUAGCCCUCCGUUCCGUGAAGCAUCUUCCGCGUGGGAAAAUCGGAAUCCCGCCGUCGAGGAACCUGUCAGCAGGAGGAGCCCUUCCCCACCAACCCUCUCCCAGUGGAGGCAGGGUGGUGUGAGGGCUAGAAGGAGUCCAUCCCCCGAAGUUCCUUCCCAGUGGGAAGUUCCGCCUCCGGCAGUCCGGGAUGCCACAGGGCAGGGUAAGCGCCCGUCCCCACCAGCCUUGUGUCCGUGGGGCACGCCAGAUAGUCCUAUUGGGACGCGGAGCCCAUCGCCCCAGGAGACCUGGGGACUCAGUCUGCAGGGCUCAUCCACAGCAUUUAGGCGGGAAGUUGUGAAUGGCGUAGCUCAGGAGUUGGCAUCGCCUACACCUGGGACCCCAGAACUAGCAGAGGUACAGAGCCCGCCCAUGCGGGAAAUUCCAGAGCUUGCCUUGCGCAGCAAUCAGCCUUCACCAGAGGUAGAUGCCCCCGAGCAGCCCCGCAGUCACCUCGUGGGCACGCUGAGCUCUGACACGCGCCCAGGAGUCUGGGGCUCUGGAGAAGCGGCCUCUGAACGCCCGCGCGUGGCCAUUCCGCGGCCGCGAGAUGUGCGCAAGAUGGUGAAGACCACCUAUGCACCCAGCUUCCCCGCGGGAAGCCCAGGGUCAGGGAAGCCUGCGCCUCCUAAAGAUACCUUCGGGGAGGAGGGCGGCCUAUCCCAGACACGAGAGCUCCAGGCGCCGGGGUCCUCCGCUCCGGCUCACUACACCUCCGUUUUUCUCAAAGACUUUUUGCCAGUCGUGCCGCACCCCUAUGAGCCCCCGGAGCCGCCCCUCGACACAGUUCCCCGGGACGCCUCGCAGCCCAACGGAGUCUUGAGGCGGAGGGCAGAAAACAGCACGGCAAAACCCUUUGCUCGCACUGAGAUCCGCUUGCCGGGCGUCCUGGCCUUGGGCCGCCUGCCGGAGAGAACCCCGGGAACCCAAGCGCGCGGUACCGGCCGAGAGAACCCGGAUGCGGAGGCUUGGCGCCUCAUCCCAGACGGCGAGGGUCGGACCAGCCCCCUAGGCGGCGCUUACCCCUCACCUCUGCCGGCCCCUAAAGUGCCCCCGGAGCCUUCGCCACCCCGCCCAGGCUCUCCGCGGCCGCGCCUCAACUCCAGCGCCCUUGGCAGCCCCUUGCUGCCCUGGGCCUCGGAGGCAGGGCCCCUGGACGGGUUGUACUACCUGCCUGUGAGCGGGACCCCCAGCCCCGCCCCGUCCCUGCUUCUCUGCGCGCCACCCUCCAGCUCGGGGCCCGCCCAGCCUGGCAAGGGCUCGGAGGUCCCUUUGUGAGACCCAGGCAGGGAGUGAUCCUCAAGGUGGGGGCUCCUAGAUGGUCUUGGAGACUCUGGUUCGCAGUCCCCUGCUCUUUUUCUCCCAUCACCUCUAUGGCCCUCCCCAGCUAGUCGUCAGUCGGGAAGUGAGCUUCAGAGAGUGUAUCAGAGGCUGAUGGAGGUGGAGCUCCGAAAGUGGCUGCCUGCUUCCUGCCCACCCCCACCCGCCAAAUGUAUCUUUCCCAAGCAUUCCCAGGUUUGGUUUGUGUAUGUGUGUAUGCAGGCAAGCAAAUACGAAAAUGUG